AUGGUAGAGACAGAACUGUCGUCCAUUUAUUCCUGUGAUACACAGCAGGAAAAUGCUGUCAGAACACAUAGAACUGCGAAAAAGAUACGAUUAGCGGAUAAUUUGCUCUCCCAACAUGCGAGAAAUAGGCAAUGGGUUGAAGCCCGAAGCUUCCAGGAGUGGAUCGAGGUGUUCAAGGAAUCUGCCUUUUAUGAAGGUUUUGAUGAGCUACAAUGGGGUCAGUUCUUUGUUUGUAUCUAUAAGGAUCCUGCAACGGGUAAAUUAAGCUCAUUGAUUAUUGAUAAAUUAGGAGUAACGCAUUUCAACCCGCUCGAUAUAUCGUCAGAUUCGCAGUAUUAUCCAGCUAUUGAAAAUCUGGAUCCAAAGGACAGGGAUUCCAACGUCAGAAAAUGCAUUGCAGUGUCGUUAUUACAGAAGUUUGCCCAAGCGACUGAGGCAGAGCUUCGGGCCAUUCAGCCGCAAGGGCUGAGGUUUGAUUACGAUCCUACCCAUGCUGGUGAUUUGGCCAGUGGAUGCAAACUUGUCGAGGUCGGGACGCCUGAAAACGUUGGCAGAGCAAUCGUAUCACUCGGUUACUUGCAGCAGAGAUAUGCUCACGGUUCGCUUUUCGACGUUGUUUAUGAGCAAAAACCGUCGACAACCGAUUCGAACAACCGAAUAGUGUUUAACUUGGGCGAACAAUUGGAACAGCUUUUCGAUCCCUUGAGUGAAUACUCGCCAGAGCAGACGGAAUACACAUACAAGCCACCAGAGACCGACGAGGGAUGCGGGGAGGAUGACGCAGAGACAAAGUUGAUCAUAGAUGAAUUGUUCCAGCUGCAGACCGCAUUCACUUUGAAUUUGGUGGAGUUCUUACAAAGUUUCCUGAUCGCUUUGCGUGUGCAAGUAUUGAACAAUGAAAUUGGGGGACUCUCAACGGUGAAGCUUAAUCGACUAUUCCCUCCGACGAUCGAUGAGGUGACGAGGAUCAAUUGCAUUUUCCUUGACUUCCUUAGGUCCGCCGUUCCGUAUGGUUCACUUGAAGUCUUGAAAGCCUGCAGUCUGGCCAUACCGUAUUUUUAUAAGGCUUAUACAAGACAUGAGGCUGCAACCAAGAACUUCAACAAGGAUCUCAAGCUUUUCUUUAGGACGUUCAGGGACGUGAUACCGCACAAAGAUGUUUACACCGAGAUGAAGAUUGAAACGAUAGUUAAAGGUCCCCAAGACAAGCUUGUGAAAAUAAAGUUGAUCAUUGAUAGACUCUUUACCACGAGAAAGUGGGAGUCCAAAGAUUUGCCACAAGCAAAGGAAUACUAUAGAAAUGUGACUGGAACUAUAGACGCCUUCGGAAAGCUCGAAUCGCCGCUAAGUUCUUAUAGCACAAGAGUGUUUACACCAUCGGGCAAGAUAUUAACAGAGCUCGCUAAGGGAUGGCCUGUCGAACUGCAAUACAAGUGGCUCCGGAGGAGAGUAGUUGGCGUAUUUGACAUUGUGGAAGAGACCUGUCAUUCGAAGAGAAUGUUACUAGUCAUUUUCAGCGAUUAUGUUGUUUUCUUGGAUAUCAAUCGGGCUGACGUCUAUUAUAACAAUAAUGGCCGGAAUAGGCCCCAAAUAUCUGACGUACUGAUGAAUUCACUGAUAAAUGAAGUUCCUUUACCUCCCAAAAUACCCAAGCUGACGGUAGCCGAAUAUUGCUUCAUAGAUGAUCUGUUUGUUUCAUCUUUGGAAAAUGGCAGUCUUCGUUUCGAUUCCCUAAAAGAAGAUAAUGCUUUUAGCAUUAUUUGCAGGCCAGCGCCUAACACAGUCUCAAACUCUACUGUGGCGGAGUUAGUGAUCAAAGCCAAGAUUUUAGAGAAAGAGACAGCUUUCCAUUUAUUCAGAGCUUCACAUGACGAUAUUAAGGUUUAUCUUACUGCCCACGAACUUGAGGCCUAUCAAAACGAGAACAUCAAGUCAAAGUUCGCUAUAUUUCUCAACAUGGAUCCAUCGCCAGACUUGCUUCCAAAAUUCAAACUACACUUGGCCGCCUUUCUCAAAUUUACCACAAGCACAUCAGAAGAGCUACUACAAUUGGAUAUUGUGACAAGCGAUGGCAGAAAUCGUUCGACGACUGUUUUGCCAGAGAAAAUAGUUCCUCAGUUGAUAAAUGAAUUGACGACCGAGAUGCCUAUGUGCUAUUCGUCCGUGUGCUCCCCGAUAUUGCCAGAACUUUUGAAGAUAAGCGAAAACUUGAUCAAGAGAAUAGCCGACAGUUCUCGUCAACGCGAUCAUGGGUCUGAAGAUGCGGAUCCUGCAGACAGGGAAACCACCGGCUCCUUCAACCCUGAGCAUGAGAAGAAGAAAUCAUUUGGCACAAUAACAACUUAUAGAAGUCAUGUCAGCGACUUAAAGGACGUCAAAAUUGAGAGCCAAUCAUCUCACAAGCGGGAAACUGUGCGACAGGAAAACCAGCCAACGGCUGCAAAACAGAAGCAGAAGGCGUACAAAGCAGAUCAGCAGCCUUUGAGCGCUAGAAAGAGCAAUUCCAACAAAAGGCGAAGUAUUGUUAACGCUGUGCUACGGCUCUUUGGAGCAAAAAGCCGCCCUACAGAUAAAACAAGGUCUCGCAAUAAAAAAAUGAAAAAGGCUUCCAAAACUAUCAAAGAUCAAGAGAAGACUGUAGGGCCCAUAUCUGUACUAGAAUCUAACAGAAAUGCCAAAGAAGUGAACGCCAUCUCCAACCAACGGAUAACAUCAGUGAUCAGGAAGCCAGAGAACGUUCCACCGACAUCCUCGAUGCAAAGCCCGAACCACGACCGGGAGAAGGUCUCUGAACGCAGCUUCGGAAAGGAAUGCGUCACCAGCGAAGUCCAGAAAAACCCUAAUCAUUUGCUGAUUUCCUCUCGUUUCGAAACUCCGAUAGCACAGACAUCCACCGAUACUGAGCAAGCGGAAAGCCCAAUAAUUGAUUCCAGUCACAUAGCCAUCGAGCAUACAUCCACUGCAGGCCUCUACAUGCAGACUGAUCGCCAAAGCCAAUUGUUUGAUGACGAUCUGUUCGGCGACCUGAUACCAAAGCCUUCAGAGUCUAAAACUUCAGAUGACGGAUCUACAGCUGAAGGCCCAAGAAUGAAUUCCAAUGAGAGAGGUCAGCUUGCAGGCCUUGUCUCUAAAGAGCAGACGGCCUUUAAUCAAGUCGAUUGUAUCGAAAAUUAUGAGAAAAAAUAUCAGGAGCCAGCAGCCACUUCAUCAGGGAAAGACAGCAGUUUGUUCACUGACAAUGAUACGGUUCCGAAUGCGAAAACUAUUGAAGAGUCUGGUACUCCUAGUAAAGCAUUCGCCGACCAACGAAAUACACAAGAUACUAAGGAAUUACUUCACAACAAAUCUGAGCUUCUAGCCACCACCCCAAAACAAACGGUAAGCGAGCCAAAGGAAAGAAUCUUUCCAUCUAUCCCUGUAAUGAGGCCUUCAAAAAUUAGCUUCGACAGGUCCAGCUCAUUCAUUGAAUUAUUUGAGGGUAUGAGACUGGUUCUUGAUGAGUCGGAUGCCCAAUAUAACUGGAAGUGUCUGUCAAAUGAUCUUUCUUCGAACCGUCAAAGUCGUGCGCAAGACUGCGUACCGCACGCUUUUAAAUCCAUUGCCAUGACAACUAACUCCAGUCCUUCAAUAGAUUGCGUUGAGUCGUCCUCCUCGCAAACUUCCGAAGGCCAAAGUGCAACUACCGAAGGUUCACGCAGUAGCUUGACGAAUGAUGCAGCGACGAUAAUAGCCGAAGAAGAGUCAGCAGCCCAGUUACAGGAUGCGAUUUUUCUGGAGAAGGAAGCAGUAAGCGAGAUAAAAGUCAUCAAGGCGGUACCAACCUUUAAACUAGUCAAGGCCUCGCCGACGCGGAUUGUCAAAAGAGCCUCACAGCAUCUUGAAUCCGAAAGCACUGAACAGAGUCUCAGAUAUAAUUUCUCUAUUUCUUCCGACCUCAGCAAAGUGACCGACAAACGAUGGUUCGAACUAAGACUACCGUCGCAGGAUGAUCUUGAGGUUGACGGUUUCUAUACACCCAUCGAGGAACCCAGCCCGAAGUUUGCACAGGAGCAGCGGAACGGCUCUGAAACCUCGAGUCCUUUCGAAUCGAAUGGCAAUGCCAACGAAACAUCCGAGGAGAGCAUAUCGAGCGACGGAAAUAAGCCGAAGGAUAAAGACCCCGUUCUCGAGGACGUCGACUUUAGCUCUUUCCAUGUAACGUUUGAUACUGUGGGAAGCAAGACUGAGGGCUCUCCGGACACCGCCUGUUAUAUCGAGCAAGAGGGCGAUUAUCACUCUUUGAGUGACAGAUUACCAUCGAUGGAUCAUUCCAAGCAAGGGCCUUUAGUUUACCGCUUGCCGGUUUAUCCCCCACAGGAGACUCUACGCUCGUCAGCCUCAGGGUUUUCAACAAAUCUCACUGUACCGGGAGCUUCGCAUGAUGACGAUGAUCCGAUCUGGGUCUCUCCCAGUAAACUCGAGUUCUACGACCUGACUAAUGUUGUAGACACGAAGACACGCUCGCAAACAUUAAAGACGAGAGGAAGUGGUGUGGUUGAUCGUCAUGAGUCGGUAGCUGCUGUAGAGAGGGACGAUCUUGAAAGAAACUCUCUUAGAGAGCUAUCCUACGCGUAUCUAGCAUCGUUUCUGAGCCCGACAGAGUCUCAGGACGUUGACGACGGACCGGUGCGGCUGCAAUUUAAGGAAUGA